AUGGCGUUGGCGGAAGUGAGAGGUAGGCUAGGCCGGUCAUUUGAAGAGAUGAUGGGUGAAACAAGAAAGAUGGCAAUGAGAAGUCGGCUAGGCCGGUCAUCUGAAGAGAUGAUGGGUGAAACAAGCAAGAUGGAUUAUUUGAUGAUGCUUAAUAGAUGCUUGAAGGAGAUCACAUGCGCUCUGCUUGACGCAAAUUUUCCUAGUUCGGCCGUGACUGUGAUGGAGAGAAAAUGCCAGGACAUUAUCAAUCUCCCUGCCGCGUCGUCCAACAAAGCCAAACAAAUCCACGAGAUUAUCUUAACUGAGCUCGUUAGUAAGCUUGAUCCGGGAAAGCCUGCACUCUUUCGGGAAAAGCGUGAAUCUAUCAUAGUCAUGUUCAUCGGAUUACGAGGUGUUGGAAAGACCAAAACGUGUGCCAAGUAUGCUCGUUACCACCGGAAGAAGGGAUUCAGGCCAGCUUUAGUCUGUGCUAAUACUUUCAGCACCAAUGCUUUUCUCCGGCUCAACAAGGCUGCCAAAGAUGAGGUUCCGGUUUACGGAAGUUACACGGCAGAUCCUGCAGAACUUGCCGCUGAAGGAAUUGCAAAGUUCAAGAACGACAAGCGUGACCUUGUAAUUGUAGACACCAGUGACCGCCAUCGACAAUAUUCUACAUUGUUUGAAGAAAUGCGCCUAUUAUCCCAAUCAAUGAAUCCAGAUCUUGUUAUAUAUGUCAUGGAUAGCAGUAUUGGUCAAGCUGCAUUUGACCAAGCUCAAGCAUUCAAACAAAGUUUCACUCUUGGAGUUAUCAUUGUUACUAAUAUACACGGCAACUCUCAAGCAUGUGGUGCUAUCAGCGCUGUUGCAGCAGCAAAGUGUCCCAUGAUAUUAACUGAAACGGGAGACAAGUGUGAGGAGUUUGAAGCAUUUGAAGCUGAACCUUUUGUCAGGCGUCUCUUGGGUUAA